AUGGCUCUGCUGAAGGUUCUGCUGCUGCUGGGGCUGGGUGUUUCAGUGAACUCAGGUGUUUCUCUGCAGAAGAGAAUCAUUGGAGGUCAAAACUGUCAAGACACGAAGCGUCUUUAUCAUGUUCGACUGGAGAGCGGCAAUGGUACUCAUGUCUACCGCUGUGGAGGAUCUCUGAUCCACUCUCAGUGGAUUCUGACUGCAGCUCACUGCUGGCAGUCUGGGCCAGGAUGGACUAACGAAGCAGUGAUAAAAGUUCAUCCACGGUCUGCAGGGCAGCAGAGACAGGUGAUCCAACAAGCUCCUGUGAUUUAUACUCUCAACAACCAGCAGCAUGACAUCAUGUUGCUGAAGCUUCAGACACCAGUAAGAGAUGUCUCAGUUGGUCAGCUACCAGAUUGCAGAUAUCGUCUUCAUAUAGGCGAUGUUGUUCAGCUGGCAGGAGAAGGAGCAACGACAACCGGCCCCAAUAAUCAGCGAUUACCCCCCGGUGGUGAUUUUUCACCUCAUCUUCAGUGUGUCAACAUGCUAGUUGUUCAGCUUUUCGUCCACCUGCCUAGACGUGGGACUUUAUUCCAUGUUGAAGCACAGAACAAGGAUAUCUGCUAUGGUGACACUGGUGGAGCAGUGCUGAACAACAACAUGAUUUAUGGCGUAAUUUCUUUUGGUGGACAAGAUGCAUGUCAGAAUCCAGCUGCAAUCAUGGACGUGUGUGAAUACAAGAAGUGGAUUAAUAGAAAAAUUGGGUAUAAUUAAAACAUAAACUAUAAUAAAAUAUAUUUCUCAUCAAAUUUCUUCUCACAAAUUUUAUAAUUGUAUCUUCAUCGGUUCGAUCCACUUGUUUGUAGAAUU